AUGACUGACCUCAAAGCGGUGCUCCAGCUGACGUGCCACGGCGCCACUCUGACAUCGCUUUUGGGUUCAAAACUCUUCCGGGACCUGGGCGACGUGGUGUUGGGCUGUCGGGUGGAAGUGUCUUUCUUCGAGGAGCUGGCCCUUCCCGACGCAAGCAGGUGUCCGAAAAUGUGGGCUCCGCAACUUCCCUCCUUUGUCUGGCAGGCAUACCUGUUGGUUGCCCACUUGGGCAGCGCCAAGAGUCUCUCCACAAGGUCGGCGACGAUCACCAACUAUGGCGCCACGCUGACAUCGCUUUGGGUUCGAGACCGCUCCGGGAACCUGGGCGACGUGGUGCUGGGCUACGACACGCUCGCCGGGUAUGAGGCCCACGUGGUGUCCAUGGGUCAGACAGUCGGACGGUUUGCAAACCGCAUCGCCAAUGGGCGCUUCGUGCUGGAUGGCAAAGAAUACCGACUGGCACAGAACAAUGGCACCAACUGUUUGCAUGGAGGAGUUUGGAGCUUCGACAACCUGACCUGGGACAUUGUCAGCGCGACUGGCAGCUCCGUGCUUUUCCAGCGCGUUUCGCCGGACAUGGACGAGGGCUUCCCUGGCACGCUGACCGUUAACGUAGAGUACAGCUUGGCGUCAGCAAAGUCUGGCGAGACGGUCCUGCGGAUCAAGUACGGCGCUGAAACUGACCAAGCGACGGUGGUGAACCUCACCAACCACAGGCAGGCAGGUCAUUCCGGUGAAGCUCGGCAUCCUGACAUCCUUGAUCAUGUGGUCAGUAUCCACGCCGACACUGUCGUGCACGUGGAUGACAGGUGUAUCCCAACGGGGCGCAUGGUGCCUGUCGCCGACCUCACCGUCGGCCGCGACGCGCCCUUUGACUUCCGCCAGCCGCGCCGCAUUGGCGACGGUAUCGAUGCUCCAAGCUCCCAGCUGAUCUACUGUGAUGGCUACGAUCACUGCUUUGUCCUCAAUGCCGGUCAGCCAAGGACAUCGCCUGAGGGCGCACCUCAAGGCCUUCGGGAGCUGGGCAUCGCGCUCAAUGCAGCGCAACUGGUCCGCUCCCGGCCGGCGGACGCAGUCCUCGAGGAGCCGAUGUCUGGGCGGAGGAUGGAGGUCUUCACUGAGGAGCCAGGCCUCCACUUCUUCACCAACAACAUCCCCCAGAGCAUCCUCGGGCUUGGUGGCCGUGGGAAGCAUGGCGUGGAAGAGUACACGUACCGCACUGGGGUGUGCUUCGAGACGCAGCACCUCCCAGAUAGCCCGAACCAGCCUUCAUUUCCUUCGACGGUUCUACGACCUGGUGCCAGACACCAAAGCGAGACCGUCUUCGUGUUCGGUGUGAGCUGA